AAUUUCACAAUUGAAAACUCAACCUUUCAAAGUUCUUAUAAUAUAUCUUUUGAUACACCUGCUAUUGGAGCAGUUCUUGGAUUUGAUUUUGAUAAUGGUGAAUAUGAAAAGAAUUUUAUUGGAAUAAGUUUUAUAACUUCAGAUCAAGCAUGUAAAAAUGCUCAAGAGGAGGUUCCAAAUUUUGACUUUGAAAAAACUCGUGAAUUGGCUGUUAAUGCUUGGGAAGUCGAACUUUCAAAGAUUAGAGUUGAUG